AUGGACGCUUCCAAAAAACGUGCUCAUCUGCUGACGUUGUGCGGAGAACAGCCUUACGACAUCGUCUGCGCCCUCGUUCAACCCAAGCAGCCCAACCAAGUGAGCUACGAUGACAUAGUUGAGAUGCUCAAGGCUCAUUUGGAUCCGCAACCUUCUGCAGCCUUCUGCAGGGCACGCUUCCAACGAAGGGACCAACGGCACAAUGAAAUAGUGCUCAAGAGGCUAGCAGCAGAGUGCAAUUUUGGAACAAGCGCAGACGCUGAGGCCAAUCAAACAAUCCUUCCUCUUGAGAUAAUGCUGCGUGAUCGUUUCGUUUGCGGUCUUCGGAACGAGCAGGUCCAGCAACGGCUGUUCGCGGAAAAGGACUUGACAUUCACGAAAGCCUUUGACAUUGCACUGCGAGCUGAGAACGCCGUCGAAGACCAGAGAAACGUGAAAGCGGAAUUUAAAGAGAUUCACGAAGCCUGCACAAGCAUCUCCAAGACAGAAAACCAAGGUCACUCGAGUACCUCUUGCCAAAAGAAGAAAGAACGCUGUUGGCGCUGUGACACGCAACAUAGUCCGGACACUUGCAAGUUCCAGACAGCUUCCUGCAACUACUGCAAGAAACGCGGCCACAUUGAAAAGACGUGCCUGAAAAAAACGGAUUCACCAGACGCGGCACUUUACGAGCUCAACACCUUAAUCGACGCGUCCAACACGCAGAAGGUCAUGACUCAGCUACGCGUACAUGGCAAGUCCUUAGAGUUCGAAGUCGACUCAGGUGCAACCUGCACACUCAUCGGUGAGGCCACGUUCAAGUACACGUGGAUAGAUGAACCACCACGGCUUGAGACAGACAUCCUCCUACGCAUCUGGUACAAGGCCCUGACAUUACCGCUGGUUGCCAUCAAGGGAGCAGGGUGUAACCUCCUUGGACGCAACUGGUUUCCUCAUCUGGGUAUACAGAUCACGCGCAUCAACGACGUAUCAGACGACGAACUUGUUUCCAAGCUUCUGGACAAGUACCAGUUUGUGUUCGACGAGAACAUCUCAGGACACGUUGGCCCUGAGAAUAGCCCACCCAAAGCUCCUAUUGCCACCUGGGACCGUCCCCAUACACCAUGGCACACGGUGUACGUUGACUUCGCGGGACCACUACUCGGGCGCACCUACAUGGUUGUUGUGGACGCACACACAAAGUGGGUGGAAGUUCGGCACGUGACGCAAGCAACAUCCGCGGUUGUCAUCGAUGUGCUCUGA